AUGAUUGCUACAAUAAAUUUAAAAAUUCUUAUUUUAUAUAUUAGUUUUUUUCCUCUUACAUUAGAAAAUUUACGGCGUUCUCAUUCCUUAUCAUCUGCUUCUUCUACUCAAGAGUUAGUUCGAAGAAAUAGUAUGGAUGGUGAAAAUGGUUUAACAUAUACAGAAAAGUUAAAACUUUAUGACCAUGUUUGUAUAAAGAAUCCAUUUACAAAGUACAGAAGUGCAGUAAAAUUUGUUCCACCAACUAAAUUUGAUAUAAGACCUUUUUUAGGAACCAAUCGUAUUAGUCUUAAAGUAUGGAAAGCAACAUGGAGUAAAUGUGAUUUUAAGUGUUUUGUAAAAAACGAUUAUACAUUAUUUAAAGUGAAGUUAGCACAACAAAUAAACUUAUAUAGAAAAUUUCAUAAUGUUCCACCUCUUAAAUAUAGUUCUAGACUUUGUUAUUUAGCUCAACAUCGCGCUAAUUUAAUGGCUCUCCAAAAAAUGAUUUUGCACAAUAGUAGAGAAAGCAAAUAUGGAGAAGUCGUUGGUUUGGCAUAUAUUCCAGCAGCUUCAUCACUUGCUAAUAGAUGGUAUGAUGAAAGAAAAAAUUACAAUUUUAAAACAGGACAAACAAGAUUUGGUAGUCAAUUAUUUGCACAAUUAGUUUGGAAAUCUACAACUGAAAUGGGAAUUGGUGUUAGUGAGGCCAAUGAUAUGAUUUAUGUAGUCGUUUAUUUUUAUCCAAGAGGAAACACUAUGGGUUACUAUAAAGAAAAUGUCAACGAGAUUCCCGGAAAAUUCUUCAAAUUUUUCUUUUAA